AUAUCAAGAUCUUCGCAUUCUUUUGAAAGAUUACCAACACCAACUAAAAUCGAACCAGAUGUUGAAAAUUUGAUUAAAUCUCCACAACGUCAUCAUAGUUCAAGAUUUGAACCUUCUUCAUAUACUGAAAUUUCCAAACUACCAAGCUUUGACGAGGUUCGACCUGAUAAAAGAUUGGAGUUAUUCCUAAUGAAGGUUGAUCAAUGUAAUGUAUUAUUUGAUUUUAAUGAUCCGUCAUUUGACAUCAGAGGUAAAGAAAUUAAAAGAGUCACAUUACAAGAAUUGAUUGAAUUCAUUUCCACAAAUCGUUUCACUUAUACUGAUGAAAUGUAUCAACACGUUGUCGAAAUGUUUAAGAAAAAUUUAUUCAGACCUAUCCCUCCCCCUGUUAACCCAGUUGGUGAUAUUUAUGAUCCUGAUGAAGAUGAACCAAUUAAUGAAAUUGCUUGGCCUCAUAUGCAAGUUGUUUAUGAAUUUUUCCUAAGAUUUGUGGAAAGUCCAGAUUUUAAUCAUACUUUGGCCAAACAAUAUAUUGAUCAUGAUUUUGUGCUAAGAUUAUUGGAAUUGUUUGAUUCUGAAGACCCAAGAGAACGUGAUUGUUUGAAAACUACAUUACAUCGUAUCUAUGGGAAAUUUCUAAGUUUAAGAAGUUUUAUAAGAAGAUCUAUAAAUAAUGUUUUUUUAACAUUUGUUUAUGAAACUGAAAGAUUUAAUGGUAUUGCUGAAUUAUUGGAAAUCUUGGGUUCAAUUAUUAAUGGGUUUGCAUUACCUUUAAAAGAAGAACAUAAAGUGUUCUUGGUUAAGGUUUUAUUACCUUUACAUAAAGUUAAAUCAUUAUCUUUAUAUCAUCCUCAAUUGGCUUAUGGUGUUGUGCAAUUUUUAGAAAAAGAUCCUUUAUUAACUGAAGAAGUUAUAAUGGGAUUAUUAAGAUUUUGGCCAAAGAUUAAUUCUACAAAAGAGAUUAUGUUUCUUAAUGAAAUUGAAGAUAUUUUUGAAGUUAUUGAACCUUUAGAAUUCAUAAAGAUUGAAGUCCCACUAUUUGUUCAAUUAUCAAAAUGUAUAUCAUCACCACAUUUUCAAGUUUCUGAAAAAGUGUUGUGUUAUUUCAAUAACGAAUAUUUUUUAAAUUUGGUUACUGAGAAUGCUGAAGUUAUAUUACCAAUUAUUUUCUCAUCAUUAUAUGAGAUUAGUGCACAACAAGUUCCAGAUGAUGAAGAAGCCUUAAUGAAUUCAGGUUCAUGGAAUAGAACUAUACACACAUUGGCUUAUUCUGCAUUGAAGAUAUUCAUGGAGGCAAACCCAAUAUUAUAUGAUCAUUGUACUGUUUUGUAUAGACAAAGUUUAGAUGAUACACAGAAAAGAGAAGAAGAGAGACAAAAAGGUUGGGAAAAAUUGGAACAGUUUGUGAAGAAUUUAGAAUUG